AUGUAUCUGAUGUGGGAUGACAAAUUAAUUUUUUCAUACGAUUGGUUAAUUAAAAACUUUAAACGUCUUUAUAAAGAUGAAAAUAAUGCGGAGCUUCAUAGUGACGAAUUCAUUUCACCUCCAUCAACAACAAGGCACUCGAUAGAAGAUCCGAAUAUUAAUCUUUUAGAUCCUGGUACACCUUGGCGGAUCAAGCUUAAAUCAUCUAACGAACAAAGUUACCUAUCUUUGUUCAUUUUCUAUUGUCAAAACAAAUUUGACGAUGAUAAUGAAAUUUAUAGCAGAAUGGUCAGAAUUGGAGUUGAAUUGUUUCUCUCCGAUUCAACUAAUCAAACGACUCUGAUUAAAUCCUACCCACCGCAAGGACAUUACACACGUAAAGCCAAUGAAAAUACGCAUUAUUAUAGAAUUCAACAAUUUUGUGAUUCUAAAAUAAUCUUUGAUAACAACGCGAUUCACGAUGCGCACAUAUUGAUCCGAACGAAUUUUUAUUGCCCAAAUUUUGGACUCAUCACGUAUAACCCGAUUAAUAAUACAAUUCCAAAAUUUCAUACCUCGUUUGAAUCAGAUUUUAACAAUGAAGAAUCCUCAGACAUCAUUUUUUUGUUUGAUUGUAAUAAUCGAAUUUAUGCUUCGAGUUUAAUCCUUGGACUAAGAUCCACCUUUUUUCAAAGAUGUUUUAAUAAACAUCGGAAGCCUCAAACGAUCGAGGUUCAGAACGUUCGACACGAACAUUUUAACAUCCUGAUCUACUUUAUUUAUACGGGAAAAUUUCCUGAAGAAUUAGUUUUAUCAUGGGAUGUUUCAAAAAAUCUAAUCAGGUUGGCAAAUAUGUAUGAAGUGAAACAGCUGGAAGAGUUUGUGGCGUUAGAGAUGGAAAAGUUGAUAAAUGCUGAUUUGUGGGAUGAAAUUCUUCAGAUUUCUUUGAGAAUUGGAAAUGAGAGGCUGAAGGCAUGUGCGUUAAGUUAUAUCCGUCAAAAUUGGAAUAAUCUUGUGAAAACGCAAAAAAUGAACGCGUUGCUAUUAUGUGAUAAUCAUACCAUGGUAAAUGAAUUGUUAUCUUGUAACAGCGAGACAGGAGAGUGA